UGUUCAUGUGUACAGACAGACGUGAGACAUGGACAGCCAAUGGCGGGAUCACGGCUCCUGGCCCGGCGAGUCUGCGCCGAUGUCAUUGCAGCCGGCGUCAUGGCAACCGUCUAAGGAUGGAGAGCGUCUGGUUGGUCGGAUCGUGCUGAAUAAGCGGAUGAAGGACGGCACGGUUCCUGCUGACAGCGGAGCGCUGCUCGGACUCAAGGUGGUCGGCGGGAAGAUGACGGAGUCAGGCCGUCUCUGUGCCUUCAUCACUAAGGUGAAGAAAGGAAGUCUGGCUGACACGGUGGGACACCUGAGACCAGGGGACCAGGUUCUGGAGUGGAACGGCCGGGUUCUCCAGGGAGCCUCCUUUAACGAAGUCUACAACAUCAUCCUGGACUCCAAAGCUGAGCCGCAGGUGGAGCUCCUGGUCUGCAGACCGCUCGGAGAAGUUUCCAGAAGCGCAGACAUCUUGCAGCUGGACUCCAGUUCGUUCGACUGUCAGAAAGUCUCUCCGUCUCCCAUCAGCCCCGGCGUUCUGUCCGGGCCAGUGUCCGUGGCUAACAGGCGCCCGCUGGUUCCUCGGAUCCAGGUGAAGCUGUGGUACGAUAAAGUAGGUCAACAGCUGAUCGUCACCGUUCUCGGAGCCAAAGAACUUCCGGUCCGAGACGACGGGCGCCCCAGAAACCCCUACGUUAACAUCUACCUGCUGCCAGACAGAAGCGAUAAGAGUAAGCGGCGAACGAAGACAGUGAAGAAGUCGGUGGAGCCGCGGUGGAACCAGACCUUCAUGUACUCUCCGGUCCCUCAGAGGGAGUUCAGAGACUGGAUGCUGGAGCUGACGGUCUGGGACCAGGCCCGGGUUCGGGAGGAGGAGAACCAGUUCCUGGGAGAGGUGCUGGUAGAGAUGGAGUCGGCUCUGUUGGACGAUCAGCCUCACUGGUACAAACUGCAGCUGCACGACGUUUCCUCGCUGCCCAGCGCCCCCUACCUGCAGAGGAGAGGACAGCAGUACAACAAAGGCCCUUACUAUAACUCAGAUUACGACUGUGAAGAUGGCAUCGGGGUGAUAUCAGACUUCAGGCGGGACUUCCACAGCUCCACCCUAUCGGUGCCGGAGCAGGUCAUGUCGUCCAAUCCCAGCGCUCGAUCCGACCUGGUCAGGAUGAGGUCACGGUCGCCGAGCCAGCCGUCUGCUCCCAGCGGUAACCCUCUGUAUCCGUUGUACCGUGAGGACGCCGUGCGGUUGCUGCGAGGAACCAAACUGAGCCGAGCGUAUUCAGACGCCGGCCAGUACAGCAGCCUCAACAACAGGAGAUCUCUGAGGAGAAUGUCUGUCGCCAACUCUCUCGAUUCACACGACAGGUACUAUAAUGGUUCUAACCAAACUUCCUGGACGAGCCACAUGAUGAACGGGAGCAGUGAGGACUACAGUCAGGACUUCAUUCCUGACUUCCCGUAUGAACCCGAGGCCUUCGACGAGGACCUGCUCAGGGCGAACCCUCAAGGCGUAUCGACCCCGAUGAGUCCGACGGGAACGCCGGGCUCUAGCCGCCGAGGACGCCAGCUGCCCAUCAUCCCGCCCAAAGGAACUCCAGAUAAAAUUUUGGCCACGCCUGCCACAGGAGCACCAAUUGCAACUGUAGCUCCUCCCACUCCACAUCAACAGGCCCCUCCCCCUGUCAACAAACAAGCCCCUCCUCCCCCUGCCAAUCCUAUACCACCUCCGCGUAUACGAAUCCAAGCCCCGCCUCCUCCUGGGCCCACCAACCCCCAACCACCCCCUGCACUUACUCCUGCUCUGGGACAAGUCCAAACCCCAGCUCCAGUACCAGCCCCUCCUCCGGUACAAGCCCCGCCCCCAGCUCCGGUACCAGUCCCGUCCCCAGCCCCUACUCCGGUACAAGCCCCGCCCCCAAUUCCUGCUCCGGUACAAGUACAAGCUCCGCCCCCAGCUGCUGUUGCAACUCCUGAACCAACUGUACCCUCUGCUCCAGCUCCUACACCUUCUCAAGCCGCUGCUCCUCCUGUAGUCCAAUCAGCUUCUGAAGCUUCUGUUCCCCCAACACCGGCACCAACACCGGCCCCUACACCGGCACCAACACCGGCCCCUAAACCGGCACCAACACCGGCCCCUGCACCGGCGCCAACACCAUCCCCUGCAGCACAAACUCCAGAGCAAGACAGACGCCCGUUGACUCCUGGAGGAUCCAGAAAAGAGGUCACAUGGGAGGACCAGCUGAAAACAGCCGAUGGUGUGAUGAAGGAGCCGUCCAAGAUGAGGGACAGUCUGUCCUUUAAAUCUACAGACAGUGAUGUCAGCGAUGUGUCUGUCCUCAGGAUCAGCGGAGCUGAGGCUCCGGAGGGCCAAUCCGAGGAGUUGGGGGCAGGGUCAGAUGGAACACAGGAAGCUGCGGGGGCGGCCGGGGGCGGAGCCACGCUGCUGGUGAGCGAAUCAGAGGCGGAGGAGUCUGAACCGGAGACGGAGACGGUCACUGCAAAGCCGCCGCCCGGCACACCAGCCGCCAAGCCGCCCGGCGAGAUCUGUUCUCUGAACAGAAACAACGACGAUGACGACGACGACAAGAAGAAACGCUCGGGCAUCGGAGCCAAGAUGAUGGGGAUGGUCGGGCUGGGGAAGAAGAACCAGAACACACAGAUCAACCCAGAGGAGGAAGAGAAGAAGAAGAAGGUGAUCCGACUUCCUGUCCAGAGGAGCGUAGAGACCGGAUUGGCCAUCGACUUUAAAGCUCGUUUCACCCGCCAGCCGAGCCGGGACCCCGACGCAGAGGACCCCAAACCUGGAGCGCUGAUAUUUCCGCCAGUGAAGCUGACGUCAGAUAAACAGUUCACCGGCUUCCUGGACGGAUUAGGCCCCGCCCAAUUGGCUGGCCGCCAGACUCUGGCCACGCCCGCAUUGGGUGAUAUCCAGAUUGGGAUGGUGUACAGGAAGGAGCGUCUGGACGUGGAGGUGAUCCGAGCCCGCGGGCUUGUGGGUAAACAAGGAAACAAGAACACUCCAGCUCCCUAUGUGAAGGUGUAUCUGAUGGAUAAUGGGAAGUGUGUGUUGAAGAGAAGAACUCGCCUGGCGAGGAAAUCUCCCGACCCGCUCUACCAACAACAGCUGCAGUUUGAAGAACACCCGGAAGGAAAAGUAGUGCAGAUCAUCGUGUGGGGUGACUAUGGGCGGAUGGAUCAUAAAUCCUUCAUGGGAGCCGCUCAGAUCCUAUUGGACGAUCUGGACCUGUCCAACAUGGUGAUUGGCUGGUUUAAACUGUUUCCUGCCACUUCAUUGGUGGACGCUGCCUUGGCCCCGCUGACCAAUAAGGAGACAGAGGGAAAGGUGUAGCGUCAGGAGGAGGGACAAACAGAAGCAACGGGAUGAUGGGAGGAUAGCAUAGUGGAACUACAACUCCAAACACACAGUGGAACUACAACUCCAAACACACAGUGGAACUACAACUCCCAGCUAACAGUGGAACUACAACUCCAAACACACAGUGAACUACAACCCCCAGCUAACAGUGGAACUACAACCAGAUACACAAUGGAACUACAACUCCCAGCAAGCAGUGGAACUACAACUCCCAGCAAGCAGUGGAACUACAACUCCAAACACACAGUGGAACUACAACUCCAAACACACAGUGGAACUACAACUCCAAACAAACAGUGGAACUACAACUCCCAGCGAACA